UGUUUAUAUUGGAUCAUACUCAUUGUUCAAUUCUUUGAGUGUUUGGUAUCUUGAGACCGUGAUGAAUCUUUUGGUAGUUUUGUAAAGAUGAAUCGAAAUUGUGCAUGGAAAAAUCAUGUACUCCCUGUGUCUAAAAAAAUACUUUUAUUUUAGUAAGGUACAUUGCUCACAAAACACAAUAUACUUUUAAUGUUUAUACGGGUUGAGAAUUAUUACUCUUCUUUAUAGAGAAAAGGUUAUUGAUAAACAAAAAAUUUUUGGGGACGAAGUAUAUAUCAAAUUUUCACCAAUAUCUACAAUUGAGAGUGUUCGAGCUUCUUAAAAAUUCAUAAGUAUCUCUUGAUCUCUAGGAUUGUUAUUUUUCUCAAGAAAAUAAGUUCAUCUGUUUAUGAGAAACAAGUACACAUUUUCUAUUUAGUAGUUUCUUUUUUCCGUAUGAUUUUGGAAAGGUGGUGAAAUCUAACCCUCAAAUUAAGUGUCAAUAAUAAUCCAAAUGAAGAACUAAUUUUUUUAUUGAAUGGGGUUUUUCAAAUAAAACAAAGCAGUUGUAUAACCAAGGUGUGGGUUUCUCAAAUAAAACAAAACAGUUGCAAUCAAGCCCAAAGCAAAUUCAAAAUGAAGGAAGCACUAUGAGUUUGCCUCUCUGAUGCACCUGAAACAAAAGAAACUACUUGGGUAUAUAAUUGUAAUGCCAAGGCACGAACUUUCAAUAAUGGUUAGUGUAUAAUUUCAAGGUUUAGUAUUCCAAACUCUAUUUAUGCUUUCAUAUAAUUAAUUUCUAAGAAAAAAACAAUACAGUUUUUUGCCAGCACACCCUCCAUAAAAUCUCAUCAAAAUGUUUAAAAGCUUAGGCAAACUCUCUCUUGGAAAACGCUACAAUGCCCAGACCAUCCUCUACGCCUACUAUGUCGAUUGAUAUCUAUUUUUCUUCCAGUAAUCGACUCUUUUUCUCUAUGACAACAAUAGAAUCUGCAAACUCAUCUCAUCUCUUACUCCUUUCUUCUGCAACAAUUGAAAAUUCUACUAACUUAUUGGCUUCCUUGAUGUAUGAUUGAUCGAGUAGCAUCUCUCUAAUAAGUAAUGUUAAUCCUCUUCAAAAAACAAUCAAUUAGUUUUGUUUAAUCCAUUUCGUAAUUCGUUGCCUUAGAUGAUUUAGCAUCAUUUUUUUAAAUAAACAGAUCAUUUUUUUGCAAAUUAUGUAGUAAGUGAAUAAGUAGUUGUAUUCAAUCAGGCUUCUCAAAUAUUGACUCUUCUUAAAUUCUAUGUGUUGGAUGAUAUUUAUAAUAUAAGUCUCACUGUUUCAAACAGUGGAAGUAUAUGCUUCUGUACUCAACCUUUUCUGCAAACUUCAUAUCAAAAUUAAUAAAACUAAUAUAUCCUUUACUGCAGAUACUUUUGCACUAUUCAUUGAUUGAUGGUCUUUUUUUGAGUUUGUGUAGGAAAUUUCUAUCAAUGACACAGUUUGAAGAAGUCUGGUAGGAAGUUUUGAGAAGAGAAUAAGGUUCAAUGAAUGUCUUUGCUAAUAAUUUGAAAAUAUAAUAUUUAUUUCUUUUGUUAUGUAGAAUUUAUCUUUGCCUUUUUCUUGAUAUUGUCUUUAAUGAGCCAAUUCUUUUAUCUUCCUGAUGUUGAUCUUCCAUUAAAUUGAGCUUAAAACUGGAACUCAUUCAAUCCAAUCCAACAUGCAGUUUAUAUCGCAUGGUUGUGAUAUACCUUCAACCAUUAGACAAAUCCUUGCAGUCGUGGGUAUACAUAUAUUGAUUUUGUCAACUCAUUCUCUUACUAUCAAUAUCCUCUUUUAUUUCUUUUUCCUUUUCUUUAAACCAUGGUAUAUGUGGACACUCAGUCCCCUUAUUCUUGAUAUGAUUUUUCCCCUUUACGACAGCCAUUACUGCAGAGCUGGCUUGAGAAAUCAAAUGAGGAAGGUUGACUUUCUCAUGCAUUCUUCUCUUUCCAAGCCAGACAACACAACGCCAAUGUUAAUCACCUUUUCAAGUGUUUGCCCUAAGAUCAGGAAAGAUGAGCUAUCUUUGGUGGCUUCUUGAAGAUCAAUAUAAACGUCCCCUUAGUGUGAAGGCUAGAAGUUUUUCAUGGUAAUUACUAAUUGCAUGCUUUUUUUUGUAGCUUUUUGUUUUUGCAGCAUCUUAUAAUGGUGGUUUGUUCUUUUACUUGCUGGCAUUCCCUGGCAAAUAUGGAAAAUGUUCAACUCUACUAUAUGGUAUCAACAACAUUAUGUCUUUUUCUAUAAUAUUGUGACUGUUAUGGUUGAUUAUUUUUUAUCACUUCAAUAUUUGCACAUAGAUGUGAAAUGAUGUAUAAUAGGUGGUUG